AUGGCGACGGCGGUGGUGGAGCCACCGAGGAAACGCCACAUUACCGCGCCGAUGACGCUCGCCGGCACAAAACCACGAAGAGUCUGCUUCUCGUACGCAGCCUACACGAAGAAUCUGAUCGAUUAUCUAAUCAGCUCCAAUGUCCCGGUGGAGCCCGGCCUAUCCGACGCGGAGGUCACCGCCGUCGAGACGGCGUUCCGUUUCGCCUUCCCUCCGGACCUCCGGUCCAUCCUCCAGGAAGGCCUACCGGUCGGGCCGGGUUUCCCCAACUGGCGGUCCUCGUCCAAGCAGCAGCUCGAGAUCGCAAUCAACCUGCCGAUUAUGGGGAUCUGCAAGGAAGUGUCGAGAAACGGACUCUGGAUCGGGUCGUGGGGAGACAGGCCCGAGGGCGCCGACCGGGCAGUGAAUUUGGCGCGAGAUAUCCUGAAGAAAUCCCCAAUUCUGGUGCCGAUCUACCGCCGCUUCUACAUCCCGGCGGCGCCCUCCGCCGCGGGGAACCCCGUGUUCUACGUGCAUGGCGGGGACGUGAGGCUUUGGAGCUUCGACAUAUCCGGAUUUUUCCAGCAGGUGGAGCUCCGGGUUGGCGUCGGGGAGCAGGAUUCGGGGCAGCGGAGGGUGAGUAGUUCGCUGGCGGUGCCUGCGUGGGCGGCGAAGGAGGCUCGGAGAGUGGAGUUCUGGACGGAUUUGGCGGCGGAGGAGGGUGAGGCGCUUCGGGGCACGCGCGGGUGGUGGAGUGGGGAUUUGGGAGGUUGUCUGGAGAAGGUGUGUGGGAGGUUGAGGGGUGGGGGGUGGAGAGAGGAGGAGAUCAGAGAGAUGAUGACGAUGGACGGCUGCGAUGAUGGGCUCCGUCGAGAUGGGGGAGAGCCAAUGGGCGUGGGACACGUGGAGAGGCUGAGGAUGAGAUUGCUGGGUGCGGGGUGGAGCAGUGAGGAUGUUGAGGAAGCGCUGGGAAAAGCAGACGACGAAGAAAGAGAGAAGAGAGGAUAG